AUGGUUCUUCUCCACAAAAGCGUCGUCUUUUUCAAACGAUUCUCGACCUCGACGACUCCAUCGACAUCCUCUGCUUCCGACUGGAAAACCCAAUUGAACUUAUCCCGAUUAGCCACCGAAAUCUCUUCAAUCCUCUUACAACGUCGCAACUGGACACUUCAUCUCAAACACGUCAAACCCAAACUCCCAAGGUCAACACUUUCACCGCCGAUUUUCCUCCAGAUCCUCCGCGAAACUCGAAAAUCUCCUGAAACCGCUCUCGAUUUCUUCGACUGGGCUCAAACCCAUCUCCGGUUCGAGCCGGAUCUUAAAUCCCAUUGCCGAGUAAUCGAAGUUGCUACCGAAUCAGGUCUCUUGGAACGAGCAGAAACACUCUUGCGUCCUCUGCUUGAAACCCAUUCAGCGUCUAUGAUCGUAGGAUCGAUGCAACGGUGGUUUGAAGGUGAAGUCUCACUCUCUAUCUCGCUUAGCUUAGUUCUUGAGUGUUAUGCUUUAAAGGGUAGUCACCAAAACGGCUUGGAAGUGUUUGGCUUUAUGAGAAGUUUGAGACUUUCACCUUCGCUUCGUGCUUAUAACUCUCUUCUUGACUCUCUGGUUAAAGAGAAUCACUUUAGAAUGGCUUUGUGUUUGUACAGUGCCAUGGUUCGGGACCGUGUUGUCUCCGAUGGAUUAACUUGGGAUUUGGUAGCUCAGAUUUUGUGUGAGCUUGGAAAAUCAAAGAGUGUUGUUAAAUUGAUGGAAACAGUUGUUGAAAGCUGCAAGAUUUACACUAAUCUUGUGGAAUGUUACAGCAGAAAUAAGGAAUUCGAUGAUGUGUUUAGUGUGAUUCAUGAGAUGGAUGAGAAGAAACUGGAGCUGAGUUUCUCUUCUUACGGUUGUGUGUUGGACGAUGCUUGUAGAUUAGGAGAUGCUGAGUUGAUAGAUAAGGUUCUUGGUUUAAUGGUGGAGAAAAAGUUUCUUGCUUUAGAUGAUUCGUCUGUGAAUGAUCAAGUCAUCGAAAGGCUUUGCGUUAUGGGGAAAACAUUUGCCUCUGAGAUGCUUUUCCGUAGAGCAGUGAGACUGCGAGAUGUGACAUACGGUUGUGUGUUGAAAGCAAUGUCUAGAGAAGGAAGAACAAAAGAAGCUGUCGAUGUGUAUCGGUUGAUUUGCCGGAAAGGGAUUACGUUGCUUGAUGAGAGUUGUUAUGAAGAAUUUGCGAAUGCUCUUUGCAGAGAUGAUGAUAGUAGCUCAGAGGAAGAAGAGGAAUUGCUUGUAAAUGUAAUAAAGCGAGGUUUUGUUCCUUGUACGAAAAAGUUAUCAGAAGUUUUAGCAUCAAUGUGUAGGAAAAGAAGAUGGAAUCAAGCGGAGAAGCUUCUUGAUUCGGUUAUGGAAAUGGAAGUUUACUUCGAUUCGUUCUCUUGCGGGUUGUUGAUGGAACGUUACUGCAGAAGCGGGAAGUUGGAGAAAGCGAUGGCUUUACAUGAGAAGAUAAAGAAGAUGAGAGGAAGUUUGGAUGUGAAUGCUUACAAUGCGGUUCUUGAUCGGCUAAUGAUGAGGGAAAGAAAGAUGGUGGAAGAAGCGGUUGGAGUGUUUGAGUACAUGAAAGAGAUGGAUGCAGUGAACAGCAAGAGUUUUGUUAUCAUGGUUCAUGGGUUGUGUCGUGUGAAGGUGAUGAAGAAAGCUAUGAGAUGUCAUGAUGAAAUGUUGAGAUUGGGGUUGAAACCUGACUUAGUAACCUAUAAACGUCUUAUAUCAUGUUUCAAAUAG